AUGCAAUCCCCGAGACGCCGUGACGAGUUAGACUCGCUGGAGGACCAGGAGCCACCUCGAAAGAAAGUUCGAAAGGGAACCCGCAGCUGCUGGGAGUGCAAACAUCGAAAGGUUCGCUGCCAUUUUGCGCUCGAUGGGGAUACCACCUGCAGGGAAUGCAUAUAUCGUGGCACCCCUUGUCGAAGCCAGAGUCUGCCCGAACCAGAAAAAGAGUCCGAUCGUUCAAAUUUGAAUGAACGCAUGGCUCGUAUGGAAAGGCUUCUAGAAAAGGUUGUCAACAAACUAGAGGUUUUUGAGGAUGAUGCCACUCACCCGGAGUUUGCUACGCCGCUGGGAAGCCCCGAACCGGGAACGCCGGUGCACGACAACGCGCCAGCCCUAUCACUUUUCCAAAAUGAAUUGUUAGGCGGCCGACAGGAUCACACCGUGAGGCUUCAAGCUACUUAUUUCGGGAAUACAACUGAGCGGAACAAAAACAACUUGCGACAGAAUCUACUGGCACUGAUGCCACCGAACCACGUGACGUUUGAACGUUUGAAAGAUGCGAGCAUUUCUUGGUGGUUGCUCCGCAGCCAAUGCUUUCAGGACGAAGAGAGGUCGCUACUCCCCAUCCCACUAUCGGAGCUGCCUACUAGCCACCCGGCCAUGAUCGCAAAGUGCCUACUCCAGGUUGCUUUGUGUCUUCAACAGCUUCCAGCGCGCUAUGACCUGGAAUCCCUCCAGCUCCCUUGCUCUCCAAGACAGCUUAUUGCGCAGUAUAUGUCGGUGACUGGAAACUCGAAAGACUUUGACGACGCUAUGCUGAGCAGUCUUGACGGACUUGAGUGUUUGAUCCUACAAGCAAUUAUUCAUAACAAUGAUGGGAGGCUCCGGAGUGCUUGGCUGUCAUAUAGACGAGCUAUCAACAUCGCUCAGAUAAUCGGUCUGCACUCUCGAAUCCAAACUGCCGGGUGUCUUUCAGGGCUGGACUCUAGGGCUAAAGUGAUAUGGAGCCACAUAAUCCACGGUGAUCGCUAUCUUUCGUUAAUGUUGGGAAUGCACCAUGGAAUCGGAGACGCCGCACUGGCGCCAGAAUACCGAAGCAUCCAGACAACCAAUUCGGUUACAAUGGAUGCUCUUUGUCGGAUCGCCGGCUCAUUAAUUGAGCGAAACCAGAAAUUCCGAGACAUCGACCCGGUUAUGGUACGCAUGACACAGAGUAUAGAUAUCGACCUUCGUAAAAUUGACCCUGAGUUGACCAAAUCUCCAAUUUUGAAUCCUCUCAGUGGCAAGGCAAUCCACGCACCAGAGGUUUAUGCAAAGCUUAUGACAAGUCUCUGGUUUCAUCAACUGACCGCUUGGCUGCAUCUGCCUUUUCUAUGCAAAUCGAGUAUCCCAGGUCAAUAUGAGUACAAUAGGACGUCAUGCCUGAAAGCCUCUCGGGAGAUGAUUACUUGUUACACAGGGAUUCGAGAUCUGACAUUAGACAGCUUCUGCUGCAGGUCUCUUGAUUUUCAAGCAUUUACGGCUGCAGUGACAUUGGUGGUUGAUAUGUUGAGUUUGAAUGACCCCCAGGAUUACAGAGGGCAGGAUUUCGCACGCUUGAAUCUUGUCAUGUUUAGCCUGCGGGAACACAAGGGUCGCGAGCAUGGAGACAAAGUUGCUAGCCGUGGACUCGUUGCACUAGAGACAUUGGUGGCUAUACUCGUGGAAAACCAGCCAGUAUACUUCAAGUUCCUGAAGACACCCACUCUUCAAGGGGCAGAACAAGGACGCAUUAAGAUUGAAAUUCCUUACUUCGGCACGUUUUCACUCCAUCGAAAUACCGACAAAGAUAGUGAAAGGCUUUUGAAUCAGACCACCGCUGGGCACCCUGUAUGCGAGAACACUUUACCCGCGGGUCAAUAUAACACGGCAAGCAAUAACGAUGGAGCCGGUCAGACCGCAGAGGAAGCCGGUACAGGAAUCAACAUGAAUGAUGAUCCUUGGACAUUCGACAUUGACCUGACGGCUCUACCUCCGUUUCUAUCUAACUUUGGAGAUGACUGGGACUUGGGAUUGUAG